ACUGGGGGAAACUUAGCAAGGCCUGAUGUUCAUAUUCAUCUCUACGUUCCUGUGUUUUCAGAAAUAAAGAUGUUACUUUUAUUUCACGUAUAGACAGGGCAACUCUCACAUGAGGGUAUUACGUCCUGCUUCAGGACAGAAAGGUGCAAGAAAGUUAGAGACAUUCCUGCAUAUGUUCUUUCUCAAAUUCCUUCAGUUUAAAGUAUUCAAUAUGUCUAGGUGCCAUAUUCUUGGGUAGCAUGCCCCAAACCCCGUCAGGUGGUAGAAGCAGAGGUUGUGAGAAAUCGUUUAAUUCGCUACGUAUUUUGAGAUUAAGCCAGUAAGGCUUGCUAUAUGAUAAGAUGUAAGGCCUGAGAUAGAAGACUCACCUGUGACUCCUUAGCCUGAGCAAUUAAGAGAAUGAGGUGACUGUUCACUGCAUUAGGUCAAGCUUUCACUCUGUGCAGUGCGGUAUUUGUUUUUAUUUAUUUAUGUACUUAACAAUUCCAGGCUAUUGGUUGGCCACUUAAAAAAAAUACGAUAAAAUACACAGCUCUUAGGAGUUCAUCCCAUGAACUUUGACAAUUGUAUGUAUGGGUGUAGUAUUUCUAUUACCUUGGCAAAUUCCCCCCCACCCCCGCCGGGCCUUAAAUAUAAUCUAUAGAAGAAACUACGUACAUAAAAAUACGUUUACAACUUAAUUUCUAAAGUGAACCCACCUAUCUAUAAAUCAGUGUCUAAAUCAAGUAACAUUACUGGAACCUCAAAAGCCCCCUGGUGGCUCUUCCACGUCAUUGUCGUUCCCACUACGCUCAUUAACACCAUGGGCUAGUUUUUAGACUUCAUUUAAAUUGAACCACACAAUAUGAACUCUUCUGUGUCUGGCUUCUUUCCCUUAAUGUCAUUUUUUGUGCGAAAUUCACGCAUGUUGCGCUUCGGUAAUUUAUUUUUGUACUGUACUUCCGAUUCUUUAUUACAGAUAAUGGUCAGUCUCCAUUUCGCUAAGAGCUUUUUUUCCUCUCCGAGUUGCUGAUUCUAAUCGCUGCCUUGGGCGAUCUAUAAAGCUGAGUGCUCGCUAUGUGACCUCUCAGGGGUCGCCGCCUUGGACGAUCAAUAAAGCUGAGCGCGGGCUAUGUGAUCUCUGAGGGGUUCUUUCCAACCGUGUUGUUGACAUCUUGAGCCUGCCAAAGACUAGAAUAACCUGAAAACUAGGCUUCUCUGGGGUCUCGCUGAGAGGCAGCGUUAGAACCAGAAGAGAACAUCGUCUCCAGAAGACAUUUCACCAUUUUCUUUGAUGGUAAACAGGCUCACUUAUACCGAAUCCAAACCCAGGCGAGAAAUAUGGACUCUUGAAAUGGUCGGUGAAAGGGGCGAAAGCACCAGGAAAUUAUGCUUCAACAGUUCACGACAAAAGGAUGGUCUGAAACUGUGGCCAAACGCCGGCCCUUUCGUUAGGGCCUUGACCUGGGCUUCCGCCACGGGGCCGGGUCAUGUGGCCAACGCAGCUCCACCUCCUACCGCGGCCAAUGAUGACGCCACCAGGUCGGAGCGGACAGACCGCGGUGACGUCCCCACUGCGGCAAACUCACUGAAAAUCAAACCGCUACCAUUAGGAGUCCUCCACGCUUAACAUAUCCAUUCUUUCUCGUUUGAACAUAACCAGGCUGCUCCUUCUCCCCAUUUUUUGCCUUCUCGCGGAGGCUGAGAGACUAGCCUUACACAACAUGGCUGCCUAGUGUGUCUGGUGUCCUAGAACGGACGGAAGCAGGUGACUCUACUCAACUUCCGACUUGGACUCCGAAAAUCGCUACAGAAAGAUCUAGAAGAGGUAAAGGUGUUGCUGGAAAAGGCUACUAGGAAAAGAGUACGUGAUGCCCUUACAGCUGAAAAGUCCAAGAUUGAGACAGAAAUCAAGAACAAGAUGCAACAGAAAUCACAGAAGAAAGCAGAACUUCUUGAUAAUGAAAAACCAGCUGCUGUGGUUGCUCCCAUUACAACGGGCUAUACAGUGAAAAUCAGUAAUUAUGGAUGGGAUCAGUCAGAUAAGUUUGUGAAAAUCUACAUUACCUUAAGUGGAGUGCAUCAAGUUCCCACUGAGAAUGUGCAGGUGCAUUUCACAGAGAGGUCAUUCGAUCUUUUGGUAAAGAAUCUAAAUGGGAAGAGUUACUCCAUGAUUGUGAACAAUCUCUUGAAACCCAUCUCUGUGGAAGGCAGUUCAAAAAAAGUCAAGACUGAUACAGUUCUUAUAUUGUGUAGAAAGAAAGUGGAAAACACAAGGUGGGAUUACCUGACCCAGGUUGAAAAAGAGUGCAAAGAAAAAGAGAAGCCCUCCUAUGACACUGAAACAGAUCCUAGUGAGGGGCUGAUGAAUGUUCUAAAGAAAAUUUAUGAAGAUGGAGAUGAUGAUAUGAAGAGAACCAUUAAUAAAGCCUGGGUGGAAUCAAGAGAGAAGCAAGCCAAAGGAGACACGGAAUUUUGAGACUUUAAGGUCCUUUUGGGAACUGUGAUGUGAUGUGGAAAUACUGAUGUUUCCAGUAAGGGAAUAUUGGUGAGCUGCAUAUAUAAAUUUGACAGAUAGCUAUUUACAUAGCCUUCUAAGUAAAGGCAGUGAAUUCUCCAUUUCCUACUGGAGGAUUUAUUUAAAUAAAAUAUGCUUAUUAAACACUCCUGCAAAGAUGGUUUUAUUAGUACCCUGGUCAUUUUGUUCAAGGAAGGGUUAUAAUUGCAUUCUCAUGUGAAAUAUAAAAAGCAAGUCUUGCCCAAUAAAAACGCUACAUUGUGUGUAUUUUUUGUUCAGCUAAGAAUUGGAAAAGUAUUUGCUUGCCUUUAAGUUACUGACAUCAGCUUCCACCAGUGUAAAAAUUGAGUAAAACCUGAAGUUUUGCAUAAAAUGCAGAUCGGUAGCUGUGCUUGAAGGUUGCUGUAGAGCAUCUGACCCCUUAUUACCACCUUAAGCAAUGUGUAUGCCAUGCAUUACCAUGCACUAAUUCAAUCACAGGUGUUUCUAUCUAGAUUGAAAUGUUUGUCAAUGAAUAUAGAAUAGAAACUAAAUCUAAACAUGACAAUAAUAGACACACAUCUUUGUAUGGUACCAAUUAGUUUUGCCAUGGAUCAGAUGGUUCAUGAAAGUAAUAACCAUAAAGCAAAAAAUAAUCUGAAAGCCCAUCUAUUCCUGUGCUCAAUAAAGUUAAGUUUUUCUUC